UAAAAAUCAUAAUGGCCGCGGCUUGUUUGGCGUUAUCGCGUCUUCAAUUUUAAUUUUACUAAUUUCGUACGAAAAUACAACUGAAACAUUGACCAAAACACACUAAAAGUGUUAUUUUAGUUCGUUUAGACUGAAAUGGCCGCAGUGCAAGGCGCUCCAGGGAACAAAAACUGGCCAGCUAGACCCGGUAUGCAGCAUCAGAACAGUCAAGGGCCUGCUUCAAGUAUGACUUUAAAUAGGACGAUAAACUUGUAUCCAUUGACUAAUUAUACAUUUGGGACCAAGGAGCCGCUGUUUGAGAAGGAUGCGUCGGUUCCCGCCAGGUUUCAGAGGAUGCGGGAGGAGUUCUCGAAAAUCGGCAUGAGGAGGUCAGUAGAAGGAGUGUUACUAGUUCACGAGCAUGGUCUACCACAUGUACUGCUGCUGCAGCUGGGGACGGCAUUCUUCAAGCUGCCUGGAGGAGAGCUCAACCCUGGCGAGGAUGAGAUUGAAGGUCUGAAGAGGCUGCUCACAGAGACGCUCGGCAGGCAAGAUGGAGUCAAACAGGAGUGGCUCAUUGAGGAUACCAUUGGCAACUGGUGGCGUCCCAACUUCGAGCCGCCCCAAUACCCCUACAUACCGCCCCACAUAACAAAACCGAAGGAACACAAGCGUCUCUUCCUCGUUCAGCUACAAGACAGAGCCCUAUUCGCAGUACCCAAGAAUUACAAGCUCGUCGCAGCACCCUUGUUCGAGCUGUAUGACAACGCUCAGGGGUACGGACCGAUUAUAUCGUCGCUGUCACAAAGUCUGUGUCGGUUUAACUUUGUGUAUAUGUGAGGAUUUUUUUAAAGGUAUAGUAAAAUGGUUGGUUUUGAUGUAGUCUCUAUCUAGCUUGGGAAUUGCUGGUCCUGUUAAAAAAAUUGUUUCAGCGUUAAAUUCUUACCAAUGUUAUAAAUCGUACUUCAGAGAGCACAUAAAUGUUGGUUCUGUGCCUGAUCUCUCUCCGGUGGUGUCGGAUUGUCGUCCCAUCGCGCGCAGAGAGUGAAGGAAUAGUGAGUGCGCCGCAGUCCAAGCAAAUGUGCGCGCACUAUAAUAUGUAUGUCCUGCACGGCUGGCUGAUCUCCUUACAUGAGAAUAGCUCUCAAGCUUUCGCAUACAGACCAGUGUGCAUGUACAUUUAAACACUUCCGUAUGACUAUUUUCGGAAUAAUUCUUAAAACCAAAAGAUAGAGACUACAUCAGAAUUAAGUUAAAUACAUUUUGAAAUACGAGAAUUUGUCUGACUAAGAAUGUUCGAAUGUGUGUGUGACUGAUAUAGGUGUAACCAGAAAACCAUGAUUUCAAAACUGAAUAUUAUAUCCUUUUAAACAUUUAGGUAAACAAUAUUUUUUAGAAGAAUUUUGCAUGCUCAAUGAAAUAAAUGUGGGUAUGGACCAACCUCUCAAGUAUAAGUGUGGUUUCGAUUCCAGGUCAGGCAAGUACCAAUGCAACGCAAUUUCUAAGUUUGUAUGUACUUUCUAAGUAUAUCUUAGACACCAAUGACUGUGUUUCUGAUUGCACGUUAAACUGUGCUGUCAUUGAACAUCUUUGGCUGUUGUUAUGGGUAGUCAGAAGCCAGUAAGUCUGACACCAGUCUAACUUAGGUUACUGGGUUGAGGAGCUCAGAUAGACAGUCACUCCCUGUAAAACACUGGUAUUCGGCUGCAUGCCGAUAGACUGGAAGCUGACUUCAACAUAUUAUAUGUAGUUGGGAAAAAGUCUAAUCAGAUGGCCAAUUUGUUUAUAUUGAGCAUGCAAAUUCUUCAAGAAGAAGUAAAAUUUUAUUUUCACCUUAUAAUUACAAAAUUGUAUAUUUCAUGAAAUCUUCAACUUGUGUACUGUAUUGCUAGAAUUAAGUGGAAUUUAACAAAAAUAUGACAAAACUCUCCCAUUU